AUGGGAUUAAAAAAUUGGUCUAUUGUUUACAUACUAAUUCAGUUGUGUUUAGUGCAAUCAUUAAAACUAAAUUCGACGAAUUAUUUUGAUAUGCUUUAUCAACAUUGUUCACCACCAUGGCACUAUUAUAAGUCAAUUUGCUAUUACGUAUUCGAUAAUAUUAAACUUGAUUGGUCAUCUAGCUAUCGUGCUUGUAAAACAAUUGAUAGUGAUUUAAUUUAUCUUCACACGGCUGAAAUGCUUGACGUAUUACGUGAUAUUCUUGUUCGUGAACGUUUAGAACAUGCAACAUUGUGGACAAAUACAACAUGGGGUCAUCGACUGAUAAAUAAUAAACGAAGCAUGAUGUUAUCCCGAUAUUGUCGUAAAAUUGAAACUGUACAUGACUCUGAAACUGGUAUUCUUCGAACAUUUCGUUUACCAUUUUCAAAUUGUCGAGAAAAACAUACAGUUAUUUGUCGUAAAUAUGUACCACCUUUAAGAUCGAUGAAUGAUACUAAGCUAGUUUGCAAACCACCGUGGGCAUUUGUUCACGGUAUCUGCUAUUAUUUAGAAGAAACAGGAUUGUCUGUAAAAUAUACACUGUUGCUUGAAGAAGUUCACACUUUGUUCUGUCAAAAUUGGACAAAUGGACAAUUGUUUUUCAUGAAUCCAAAUGAAAAAAAGACCAUUAUUCUGCCAUUUUUAUCAAAUAUUCAGAUACUGGAAUCACAGAAUACUUUACAAGAAAAUUUUGGCGGUGUAAGAUAUACAUUUGAAAAUAUUCGCACUGAUCCAUGUAUUCAUCUACCCGGUGACGUUUAUUUUUCAUCAAUGUUCACUGAAUUUAAAAAUCUUACUCGUAAAACCCCAUAUUCUUUUACCACUUGUCCAUUUGAUCAUUUAGAAAAAUCUUAUACAUUAUGUAGACAAAAACACCAUAUUCAAGGAUGUGAACCACCGUGGUUUGUUGAUGAUGGAUUCUGCUUGUAUUAUCAAGCAAAAACGUAUGAUAUGGGUACAGCAUUAAGUUUAUGUAAACAAAAUGGUGGACAUGUACUCUAUGUAACAAAUGAACAUGAACUUUAUCGACUAGUCAAAGUAUUAUCUCAUUUACAACCAUUUUAUAAAAAAGCAGCACUGUCUGGUGCUUGGCUUGCUCUCUAUUUAAAAGUGAUCGGUGAUAAUAAUGAUAAUGCAUGGAGUUGGGAUAUGUUAAUUGAACAAUAUCUCGAUUCAACAUGGAAAAAUAAAUUAUGGCAACAAUAUUUUCAAAAUCAUACAGCUGCUGGGGAUUGUUCAUCACUUGUUAUUGAUAGAAAAAUAGCUGAACCAAUUGAACGUGUUCAAUGUGAUAAAGAACGAACAUUAAUUUGUCGAAAAACAAUCGGUUAUAGUGAUAAACAAUUUCAUCGUCGAGAAAAUUAUGUAAAUAUGAAAAAAUUAAUUGAUGAUCAUUUAAAACAAAAUGAUGGUUUCACACGAUCAAAUCGAAGUCGUAUAUCUCAAAAUAAAAAUACUACAACGAGAAUAGAAUAUAUAACAAAUAUUACAUCGUAUUUUUAUGCAAUUAAUUCUACAACAUUUCGUCUCAUUAUUUAUUCCGAUAAUAUAAAUUUACAUGAAGUUUCAGCAUAUUGUAAUGAAAAAUUUCUAUUUAAUAAAACACUAGCAGAUUUUGAAAAAAAAAAUGGCUAUUGGACGUAUGAUGUCAAUAUAACGUAUCCACUUGGUUAUAGCCGUGAAAAUGACUACAAAAUUCUUUCAUCUUAUUUUCGUCUAUUAUUUAUCAUUUUUGAACAGUAUUUUUCACCUAAUUGUACAUUCAAUACUACCCAUACAUCGUUAAAUUUACUUGAACAAUUACGAUUAUGUCGUUUAAAUAUUACAAAUGAUGAUUCAUUUUCCUAUAAUAAUGAAAAAUUUGAGUUUGAAUAUUGUCCAAAUCAAGCUCAUAUAUCAUUUUUAGAUGAAAUAACAACAAAUGAAGAUUUAACCGUUCGACAAAUUCAAACACGUUUAUUAAACAGAAUUCGUAAAAAAUUAAAUAAUAAUGAGGAUAGUAAUGAUCGACAUGAAUCAAUUGUUUGUAUACCGAUAUUAAAUAAUGAUAAUACACCAAAUAGUUCAUUAAUACAAAAAUAUUUUGAAUUUGAAACAUGUAAUAUUCUAGAAGAAAUUUUUACUAAUUAUACUAUAAAACGUGAUAUGUCAAUAGUUGAACUCAAGACAAUUGUCGAUGAAAAUAUUUCUAUUGAUCAAUUAACAUUUCCAUUGACAUGUAUGAAUUCUGGUGGUCAAUGUAUACCAAAACAUUUAUUAGCAUCAAAAUCAACAAUGUUUAUUGUAAAUUUUCCAUGUCCAUUAGGUUAUCUAUGUUGGAUUCAAGGUGAAGAAUGUUCAAAAAAUUCUUAUUGUAUUGAUCGUUUUCAUCAUCCUUGUUUGAAAUUCGUACAAAAUUUUACAUGUUUAAAUGCACGACAUCAUUGUUGUUCAUUUGAAAUAUCACAAUCAUCAUCUUUAUUACCAUCAAUAGUUGUUCAUGAUUCUUCCGUAUCAGAAAAUAUUAAUCCAUGGAAUAUUCUUUUACCAUUAUAUUAUUUUUCAUUUCAUGGUACAUCAAAAUGGGAUAUAUUUUUUUUUAAUGAAUGGUUAAAAUUGGGUAGUGAUAUUAGUCACGAUUUAUCCGAUGAAUUUUUAUUUAAAUGUUAUGGUAUUUUUAUUGAAAAACGUUGGUUACUCACACAUGAAAAAUGUUCACCAACUCGAAUUAAUUCUGCACGUUCAAUUAUAUUUUCUAUGAUUAAUAAUGAAAAAGUGGCUUUACAUGUUAUCGAUAUUCAUACUUAUUCACCAUUUCGAUUUGUUCGUUUAGCUACAACACCGGAUCCAAUUCAAAAUAUAACAUUUAAACGUUUAAAUUUAUUUAUUAAUAAUAUUGAUGAUACUCUAUUAUUUGAAUCGUGUGUUCUAGUUAUACCACGUAUGAAUACGGUACAACGAUAUAUUGAACAAGAUAAUGAUGAUAAAUAUGUUAAUAAUGAUAUUUAUCAAAUUCGAUUUGUAUCAAAAUUUGAACGACAAGUAUUAGCUGACAAAUUUGAUGACAAUAAUAGUACAUUAAAAUGGUAUUUUUAUUUUAAUAGUCAAACAAUAACAGAGGAUAUGGAAGGAAUAAAUUGGUUAUUUUCACCAAUUAGUUGUGUUGUUAAUUAUGAUUGGAAAAUUGUUGCCAUUUCAGGUUCACAAUUAAAACAUACAUGUAUGAGAAUAAAUGGUUAUAUUUAUUGUCAAAUGUUUUUAAUUCAAAACUUUGCACCAGCAUUAAUUAUUCAACAUUUCUAG